UUGAAAGAGACAGACGUGUGGCGCUUUUCGGGUCGUGGUUGUUGGUCCGUUGGAGUGCGUGUGUGUUAGUCGGCGUCCUGUGAUAGUAUUCGUACUAUUUCUGCACGUGCUGCUCGGUCGCGACAGUUCCAAGUGGUACAAUAAUAGAUAGACAACAGUGGAGGGAAUUCAUUAAUGCUCCGGUAGCGCCUGUAAGUGGCAAAUUAAUUGAUUUAAUCUAGCGGCGAAUUGAAAAUUUGGAGCCCAGCACAAUCGCGUAGAAGGAAGGAGACUCAGAUCUAGACGGGAGCUACCCAUCCAUAUGAUAGCAUGGAUAGCAGCGCCAAGCCAAAGCGCGAAAACCCGCGCCAGCAUGCCAAUAUUAUAUCCCAAUUGAUAUUUGCCUGGGCAAUACCAUUACUGUAUCGGGGAUCCCGAAGAGGCCUGAAUACGGAUGACCUGACGCAAUGUCUCAAAGAUGAUCGAUCCGAACAGCUGGGCGACCGCUUGGAGGAUCAAUGGUUUAAGGAACUGGAACGAUCGCAUCGCAAAAAAGACAAGCCCCGCCUCAAAAACGCCCUGUUUCGUUGCUUCCUAGGUCCUACGAUCGUAAAUGGCCUCAUUUCCUUAAUCUACAUAGUGAUCAAGACCUUGAUUCCAGCUGUUCUUGCGCAGUUGUUGAUUCAGUUCCAGAAACCAAAUGUUGUGGGACUUAAAGACAUCGCCGUUAACGAGAUUUCAAUAUCGGAUUCCCUGAAUCGAACUGCACGAUCGAUAGGAAGAUAUGUGAUGAGUCAGGCUGUCGCCGAUGCCAGCGGAUCAUCAGCGGAUGUCUACUCCCCCAAUUCCCUGGAUAAGGGAGAUCCGAUCAAGGAAGCGAUUCAACCUGCCACAGACCAAGCAGACCACAAUGCCACGGUUGUGCGAAGUAUCCUGGAUCAGGGCAUUGAGUACAUUUGGAACGACAUGUACAGUUUGGGCGCCAUCCUGGUGUCCUCGACGCUCUUCUGCUGCUUCCUGCUCCACCACGUCGAUCUGCGCCAGCGCCUGAUGGGCGCCAGGAUGCGAAUCGCCUGCUGUUCGCUGAUCUACCGCAAGACCCUUCGGCUCUCGAUGAAAACGGCUGGCCAGACACCAGCCGGUUACCUAAUCAACCUGCUCUCGAAUGACGUGAAUCGCCUGGACUAUGGCUUCAUAUUCAUGCACUGGAUCUGGAUAAUGCCGCUGCAGGCGACGCUAACGUGCUACCUGAUUUGGCUGAACAUUGGCAUCCCGGCGAUAGUGGGAGUGGUGGGAUUGCUGCUGAAGACGAUACCCGUGCAAACGGCCCUCAGCAAGGUGACCUCGGUGCUGCGGAUGAGAAUCGCGGAGCGGACGGACGCCAGGGUGGGCAUCAUGAACGAGCUGGUGCAGGGCAUUCAGGUGAUCAAGAUGUACGCCUGGGAGAAGCCCUUCCAGGCGGUGGUGGCCGAGGCUCGGCGCCGCGAGAUCCAGCAGAUCCGCUAUGCAUCCUACCUGCGAGGCUUCUACCUCAGCACCAUGGUGUUCACGGAGCGAUCCACCUUGUAUAUCACCCUGGCAGCGGCUGCUCUCCUGGGCCAGCCGAUCACCGCCGACUUCGUGUUCUCCGCAGCCAGUUACUACAACAUCCUGCAACUGGUGGCCGCCAUUUGGUAUCCAUUGGCUGUGAGCUUCGGAGCUGAGGCCCUCGUCUCGUUGCGUCGCAUUCAGGACUUCCUCCUGCUCGAGGGACGCGAGGAGCGGACCCAGGGACUCACGCACAAGACCGAUCAGGAUGGCGGAGACGCGAGGGCCGUGACCAUCAAGGAUAUCAAUGCCAGUUGGGACAAUGAGAAGCCGCAGAGGACGCUGCAGAGCAUCAAUCUGCAGAUCGAGAAGGGACAACUGUGUGCGGUGAUUGGACCCGUGGGUGCCGGCAAGAGUUCCAUCCUCCAGUUGCUCCUGGGCGAACUGCCGGUCAUCGAUGGCGGAGUGGUGAUCCAGGGCGGCGUUUCCUAUGCCGCCCAGGAGCCCUGGCUCUUUACGGGCUCGGUGAGGAAUAACAUCCUGUUUGGCGAGGAGUACGAAAGGAAGCGCUACCAGGAGGUCACCCGUUGCUGUGCCCUCUCCACGGACUUCCAGCAGUUGCCGAAUGGCGACAAAACGGUUGUGGGCGAACGAGGGGCAUCCCUAUCCGGAGGUCAGAGAGCCCGCAUCAGUUUGGCUCGGGCCGUUUACAAGCCGGCGCAGAUUUACCUGAUGGACGAUCCACUAAGUGCCGUGGACGCGCACGUGGGUAGGCAUCUGUUCGACGAGGUGAUUGGACCCCGGGGACGUCUGGCCCAGCUGAAGGCCACUCGCAUACUGGUCACGCACCAGGUGCACUUCCUCUCCGAGGCCGACAUAAUUGUAAUUGUAGACCAGGGAAGGAUCCUGAGGCAGGGCACCUACCAGGAGUUGAUCAACAGUGAUCUGGACUUUGCGAAGCUGCUCGAGCGGCCCAAGGCGGAGGAUGAGGCGGAAAACAGUCAGCGGCAAGCCUCCCCACUCAGUGCUAACUCCUUGGAGAGCGACGACGAGGACAUACCCUUCAUCGAUGGCGAAAAGGAUGGGUAUCAGCAGCUGAGGAAGCAGAGUAGCUCGGUGCAUGGCAGCAAAUCGUUGGAGAGCUCGCAGCUAGAUGAUGAAGUGGAUGAGGAUGCUCUGGCCGAGGCCCAAGCCUCUGGCGGCAUUUCACCGCGCGUCUGGUACGAGUACUUCCAUGCGGGCAGCACUCUCCUGAGCUUCAGCUUCAUGGUCUUCGUGAUGGUCAUGUCCCAGGUGGUGUGCAGCAGCUCGGACUACUUUGCCAACAUUUGGACACAGCAGGAGCACCAGCGAUCGCAGGGUGAGGCGACCAGCUUUACCACCUUCGAGUGCAUGUACAUUUACGGCGGCCUAAUCAUUGCCGUGGUGAUCAUGACCACGUUCCGCGGCUUCCUGUUCUUCAAGAUCUGCAUGCACGCCUCGAAGGUGCUGCACGAUCGCAUGUUCGCCUGCAUCCUGCACGCCACCAUGCGAUUCUUCGACACCACUCCCUCGGGCAGGAUUCUGAAUCGCUUCUCCAAGGACAUGGGCGCCAUAGAUGAGCUGCUGCCGCGGGCCAUGAUGGACUUUAUCCAGAUCGCCCUGGUGAUGUUCGGCAUUCUGAUUGUGAUUGGCAUACUGAAUCCGGUUCUGGUGGCCGCCAUGCUGGUGGUGGCUGUUGUGGAUAUACUCGUCCUGAAGCUGUACCUGCGACCCUCGCAGGAUCUCAAGCGCUUGGAGGGCAUCUGCCGCAGUCCGGUGUUUUCCCACCUGAGUGCCUCCCUCUCGGGUCUGGCCAUCAUUCGAUCCCGCCAGCUGCAGGAUGUGGUGGCCAAGGAGUUUGAUUUGCUGCAGGACGUGCACAGCAGCGUCUGGCAACUGACCAUGGCUGCGAAUACGGCUCUGGGUUUGUGGCUGGAUUGCGUCAGUUGUGUCUUCCUCACCGCCGUCACCUUCAGUUUUAUCAUCUCCAGUGAAACAACUUACAGUGGCAACGUGGGUCUGGCCAUUGCCCAGGCCAUGAUCCUCACCGGCAUGGUGCAGUACGGAGUGCGACAGGUGGCCGAGUCGUUGCAGCAGAUGACCAGCGUGGAACGCGUGCUGCAGUACACAGAACUGGAUCAGGAGCCGGCGCUGAGCGAGAAGUCUCCGCCACAGCAGUGGCCAACUCGCGGUCAGGUGGAGUUCCGCAACAUGAGCUGCCGCUACGAUCCGAAUGGAUCGCCUGUGCUGAAGAACCUCAAUCUCACCAUCGAGGCGGGCUGGAAGGUGGGCAUCGUGGGACGGACAGGAGCCGGAAAGUCGUCGCUGAUCGGAGCUCUCUUCCGGCUGGCCCACAUCGAGGGAGAGAUUCUCAUCGAUGGCAUAGAGACAGGAUCUAUUUCAUUGGAGGUCCUCCGCACCCGCAUUUCGAUUAUUCCCCAAGACCCAGUGCUGUUUUCAGCCACCAUUCGCUACAACCUGGAUCCUUUUGAGCGCUACACCGACGCCGAGUUGUGGGGCGCUUUGGAGGACGUGGAGCUGCGAAGUUCCAUUCCCGGCCUGGACUACAUGGUCACGGAGCGGGGCAGCAAUUUCAGCGUGGGCCAGCGGCAGUUGCUCUGCCUGGCGAGAGCGAUUCUCAGGAACAACAAGGUUCUGGUGCUUGACGAGGCCACUGCCAAUGUGGAUCCGCAAACCGAUGCCCUGAUCCAGCGCACUAUCCGCAUCAAGUUCAAGCACUGCACUGUAGUCACUGUGGCCCACCGUCUGCACACUGUUAUGGAUUCGGAUCGGAUUAUAGUGAUGGAUGCCGGCGUGGCAGUGGAGUUCGAUGUUCCACAUCUGUUGCUCAAGAAGUCUCAAGGACAUCUCCGGCAAAUGGUGGAGGCCACGGGCGGCGAGGCGGAUGCCCUGAAAAAGACGGCCAGUGACAGUCACAAGAGGAGGCAGAGGGAGCGCGACGAGGAGCGAGAUCGCGAGGAGGAGGAAGGGCAGGAAUGAGAAGCUGUGACCUAAUCGCAUUUACCCAAAUCUGGUGCUUAUAAAUGGCUCAAGGUUGCAACUAUUGGGCUCCGGAAACGGAGCGAAACGGAGCAUUGUCCAAAACGAUAGCCGUACCAAAAUGAAUUUCCUUUACACAACAAUG